GGACAACAGAAAAAAGAAAGAAAAAAGGAAAGAAAAGAAAAGAAAUCGAGGAAUCACUUGUUUCGAAACAAAAUGUCAGGUGCUGAGGAAUCUCCAGCUCAGCUGGCCGCUCGUCUUCGACGAGAGCGCCGGGAAGCAAAGAUUAGAGCUGGUGGCUCCGCGAGAUUAGACAAAAUCACAAGCUUAAGUGGGAGGACUCCUGCGAGCUUGAGAGAUGAGCCUCCUCGCUCCGUUAGCCCUUUCAGCAACUCAACUCCGGAAUUACAACCAGAGGAAGCAUCUCGAUCCAUCUCCCCACUACCCAAAUUCUCCAGCGCUACAGAUCAAUCACCUGAAGAUUUCGAAGCGCAACAAGCAUACCUACGAGCCCUGCUACGAUCCAAACAGCCUCUCGAUCAGCCGCAAGAACCUGACCCAACCGCAAAGCUUCUGAGCACGCUCAUGGGGCUUGAUUCAGCUUCCCCAGAUGCCGUUGCCGGCAACGGAGCUUCUGGCCUGGCCCCAGCCGAUUUGCUGUCACGAAACCUUACUUCCUCGUUUAGCUUACCACCCUCGAUAGCCAAUUUCUUUACACAGCAGCUCCAGCCCGAGUCCCCGGACAGCCAACAGAGAAACAGACUCUGGCGCAUUCUUCACACAAUCGUCGCUUUUACUUGCGGAAUUUGGCUUAUUCUUAUGCUUCGGACGGCUUCGAUGACGUACGGGGAAAAUCCACCGCCCCCGGCUACAGUUCAAAGUCCAUUUGUGCACUUCGUCACGGCGGAGCUUGUCUUGGGCAGUGCGAGGUUAUUGACGAGUAUGAGAAACGGACAGUUGCGGACGGUGCGGCCGUGGAUGCAGAUUCUAUCGGAUAUCGCCAGAGAUGGGAAAAUAAUUUUGUUUCUGUUGGGCAUUGCGGGGAUGUGGAUGAGAACUUCUGACAUGCUAGAAGAAAAGUUGAUGAACUUAUGAAUCAUGUUGUUAUGCUUUGGUAGCUACUAGCGUGAAUUAAUGCCUACAUAUCUUCCC